AAGUCUAUCACUCUCAUCUUCUUAGUUGUUCUUCCUUGUAGACAAGUUAAUUCCUUUCUCUCCUUCUAAAUUCACAUAUCCAUGUCAGAUUUCUUCUCCAAUCCUUCCUUCAAGUUCUGAGCAGCUCACUUCAUCUUCUUCCACCUCUUCUCCUUCCAUGUUGCCACUGCUUUCUAAGAACUUUACCUUUCUUUCAGUAUUGCUAUGAAAUCAAAGACUACAUUUUUAAUUCUUUUCUGCGUUUUUUGAGCUUUUUUUUACAGUAAAUGGAGAGAUUUGCAGAAGCUCUGGUGAUCAUAUUUUGGGUUUUUUGUGAUGGAUUUGUGAAUGGGAUUGGUGUUAAUUUGGGGACUCAAGCAAGCCAUCCAUUGCCAAAUUCAGUAGUGGUGCAGAUGCUCAGAGAUAAUGGAAUUGAUAAACUGAAGCUAUUUGGAGCAGAGGAGGGAGCUCUGAAUGGUCUGAGGAACAGUGGGAUUCAGGUGAUGAUAGGUAUUCAGAAUGACAUGCUUCCGGCCAUGGCCGCCGACAUGAGUGCGGCCGAGAUGUGGGUUUCCAAGAAUGUUUCUUCAUAUGUUAAUGUUGGGGUUAAUAUAAGCUACGUUGCAGUUGGAAACGAACCAUUCCUGAAAACAUUAAAUGGAACAUACCUGCAAUCAACAUUCCCAGCCCUCCAAAACAUCCAGAGCGCGCUCAUCAAAGCAGGCCUCGCAAGCCAAGUGAAGGUGACCAUCCCCCUCAAUGCCGAUGUCUAUGAGUCAGCGACCGGCAAGCCUUCCGGCGGCGACUUCCGAGCCGACAUAAAAGACCUCAUGCUCUCCAUAGUCAAAUUCCUCAGUGACAACACUUCCCCCUUCACAGUCAACAUCUACCCUUUCAUCAGCCUUCUCAAUGACCCAAACUUCCCGUUAGAUUACGCCUUCUUCGAUGGCUCAUCGUCCCCAAUCAUCGACGGCUCGACGACAUACACCAACACGUUGGAUGCGAAUCAUGAUACACUUGUUUGGGCUCUGAAGAAGAAUGGAUUUGGCAACAUGUCAAUCAUAGUUGGUGAGAUUGGUUGGCCAACAGAUGGUCAUAUAGAUGCUAAUGUUCAGUAUGCUCAGAAGUUCAAUCAGGGGCUCAUGAACCACAUUGUGCAGGGAACUCCGGUUAGGCCGGGAGCCAUGGACGUGUAUUUGUUCAGUCUGAUUGACGAGGACGAGAAGAGCAUUCAGCCUGGGAACUUUGAGAGGCAUUGGGGGCUGUUUAGCUUUGAUGGCAGCGCAAAAUACCAGAUGAAGAUUGGGAACAAUGAGAUUGUUUCUGCUAAGGGAGUGAAGUAUUUAGAGAAGAGAUGGUGUGUGAUGAAGCCAACAGCUAGUAUUACUGAUCCAAAUGUGGCUUCAAGUGUGAGUUUUGCCUGUGGGAAUGCAGAUUGCACAAGUCUGGGGUAUAAGACCUCUUGUAGUGAUUUGGAUGCUCGCGGGAACAUCUCUUAUGCGUUUAAUAGCUAUUAUCAGAAGAACGAUCAAGAUGAUAGAGCCUGCGGUUUUUCGAACUUGGGAAGUGUUACAGAGAGAGACCCGUCGACGCUGAACUGCAAGUUUCCUGUCAUGAUUGAGGUUUCUGAAGGGGUUCCGUGGAGGAUGGGGGGAGCUCAGGAACAUGGUUUUGCUUCAGUGUUCUCUGUGUUGGUUCCAUUAUUGUUGUUGACAUUGUGUUGAGGUUAUGAAGACAUGCAUGGUUUGUUUGAAUUAUGUUAAAGCUGUUUAUUGUGAAGAUCCGGAUAUGGUGUGAAAAUUGGUAUUAGUGGCGCUAACUUAAGAGAAUGUUGGACGACGAAUGACGACGUGGAUCACAUCACGCUGUCGUAUCUAUAUGCUAUAAUAAUAUAUUUGUAAGUCUUUUAACCAUUUAGAUAGUUAUAUAAAUAUUUUAAUACCUUAAAUAUUUAUAAGGUAAUUUUAUGUAUGCUGGUACAAAUGAAUUUUGUGGAGCCAUCUAGCUUUUGAUUUGUAAA